CGGAGCGGGCGCUGCCCUCGCUGGCAGUGCUCGCUAAGAUGGCGGACUUCCUGCCGUCCCGCUCCGUGCUGUCGGGCUGCUUCCCCGGCUGCCUGCUCACCAGCGGCGAGGCCGAGCAGCAGCGCAAGUCCAAGGAGAUCGACAAGUGCCUCAACCGAGAGAAGACCUACGUGAAGCGGCUCGUCAAGAUCCUGCUGCUGGGAGCGGGGGAGAGCGGCAAGUCUACUUUCCUCAAGCAGAUGAGGAUCAUCCACGGGCAGGACUGGGACCGGGCGGCCCGGGAGGAGUUCCGAGCCACCAUCUACAGCAACGUGAUUAAAGGUGUGAGAGUCCUCGUGGAUGCCAGAGAGAAACUUCAUAUCCCCUGGGGUGAUCCUGCGAACCAGAGUAACGGAGAUACGAUGAUGGCGUUUGACACCCGCUCAGUUUCAGUGGUGCAGGGCAUGGUGGAGACAGCAGUGUUCCUGCAGUACCUGCCAGCCAUCCGAGCCCUAUGGGCUGACAGUGGCAUUCAGCACGCGUAUGACCGGCGCAGGGAGUUCCAGCUGGGAGAAUCCGUAAAGUAUUUCUUGGACAACUUGGAUAAACUUGGAGAACAAGACUACCUUCCCUCACAGCAGGACAUCCUGCUGGCCCGGAAACCUACCAAAGGGAUUCACGAGUACGACUUUGAGAUCAAAAACGUCCCUUUCAAAAUGGUUGAUGUAGGCGGCCAAAGGUCCGAACGGAAGCGGUGGUUCGAGUGCUUCGACAGCGUCACGUCCAUACUCUUCCUCGUCUCUUCGAGUGAGUUUGACCAGGUGCUGAUGGAGGAUCGGCAGACGAAUCGCCUGACGGAGUCCCUGAACAUUUUUGAGACAAUAGUCAAUAACCGGGUGUUCAGCAAUGUCUCCAUCAUCCUCUUCUUGAACAAGACGGACUUGCUUGAGGAAAAAGUAAGAAAAGUGAGCAUCAAAGACUAUUUCCCCGAGUUCGAGGGGGAUCCUCACUGCUUAACAGAUGUCCAGAAAUUCCUGGUGGAUUGUUUUCGUACCAAACGCCGGGACCAGCAGCAGAAGCCCCUCUACCACCACUUCACCACUGCUAUUAACACAGAAAACAUCCGGCUAGUUUUCCGUGACGUUAAGGAUACCAUCCUUCACGACAACCUCAAGCAGCUUAUGUUACAGUGAUGUGCAAAAAGACAGUUUUAUUUGAGUAACUUUUGUGUGUUGUUUUUGGUUGUUUUUUUUAAACUAGGAAGUUUACAGCAGGAGUAGAGAAAUCCAGAUCCUGUCAGACUUCUCUAUGUGGCUAAAAGCUGCUGCUGAACACAUUAUUGCCAAUUUCUGCAGAAAUUCAGGCUUAAAUCUCUUCCAGUGUAGCUUCAAGUUGACUCCAGUUGUAAUUUUAUAGCAGACCUAUGUCAAAGUACCUGUAAAGUGAUAAAUCUGACCUUUUAUGAACAUAUGUAUUAUAAUCGUAGGAAAAAGAAAUCAUUCCACCUUCAGAAUUCCAAGUCCAAAGUUCAGCGAAUUUGUUGCAAUUGUUAGACUGUGGCAGUAAUAUAAGGGGGGAGAAACUCUUCACAUCUAACUCUGUUAUGAAGACUGUGAUACCAUAGCUGACUUAAUGAUUUCUCAGGUCUAUUGUUGGUUAGAAAUCCCAUAAAUCCCUUGCUGGAAUCAUCUCUUUGAAGCUAGGAUUCCCGGGUGUAACGUACUUCCUGUUUAAGUACCGGUCUUUGCAUGGGAUUUGACUAGGAGAUGGUUUAAAUAUACUUAGGUUGGGAGCUUUGGCCAAUCCUGGCAGGAAGUACAACCGCAGGCAGAAGUCCAGUGAUGAGGAAUUAACAAAUGGCACAGUACACGGUUUCACUCCACUGCAUUGUACGGACGUCCUGGAGCCAUGGCAAAGCACAGAGCACUGCGAUACGGUCCUCUUGAGAGUCUUAUGUGGGAAGGGGGGAGCAAGCUCAACUUGUAUUUAUCUUCACUAACCAGAUACUACAUGUAGGUACCUUACCCUGUUCUUGAAGCGCUUUAAUAUAGCACUGGUUUAUCUUUACUUUCUUCAUGACUUACAGAGUGCCUCAUCUUAAGCAGUAGGCAUGUGGUGAUGGAUAGAAGGACUUGCAAACCUAAGUGCCUCCUUGUGUUCUGUCCUACGGUAUUUCCAGUGGCCUUAUGUGAGCAUCCGUGUUCCCAGCAGAGGCCUUGUGUAGCUGACACCAUGAAGAUGAAUGUUUCCUUGUGCAGAAAGAACGUGUCACAGCAGAAUGUGCUUCAGCUGAUGAAGUUCUUUCUGACACAUCCCAAUUGGGUCUAGCAAUCCUAAGUGUACUUGAGCCAAAUACGUUGCACAGCGUACUCCAGAGUGCUGCUUGUGACUAAGAGUAUCUUACCAAAAGUUCCAAUGCAGGGUUUGUUUUUGUUGUGUUUUUGGGGGGGAUGGGGGGUGUUAAGGGGAGGAUGUUAUUGUUGCCAUAUGAUUUAAAAGUAUAAUACAAAAUACUUCUUUUGCCCAGUAAUCUUCAUACAUCACCCCGCAUACAUCCUGCAAAAGGAGAGUAAGCUUUUGUCAGCUUAAAGUGUUUAAAGAGCAGGUUUCCCCCAGGCUGUAGUGUCAUGUAGGCAGUUCAGCUGGCCACUUUCCCCAUGGAACAGACCAAUUCCUGUGGAUCAUGAUGCUGGCCAAUACUUUGAGUUUUUAUUAGCAUAGCACAUGUGGCAAGUGGUGCAACAUCAUGUUCUCGCUGCUUGGAGCAGUGUCCCUGCUAGGAUGUAGGAAAGCUGCCUGUCUUCUGAACUUAGCCUUUACUUACUGUGAUUGUAAGUUGUAUUAACAUCUCUGUACCUCGUUCCCCUGUCAGUAGAAGGGGAAUACUGUGUUUUUGUUUAGUUAGGUGCUUUGAAAGACCUCUAUUUUUUUAUCUCAUCCAAUGAAUAGUCAUAGAUUAGUCUGCGAUUCCUGCCAUAAGGCACUAUUUGGCAUGUAAUAGGCAUGUAAUGGGAGUCCAGAAGUUCUCCGUUUCCCUCUUUGGAGAAGGAUGAUCUGUUGAGCUAUAAAUGUUACAUGAGCAGACACCAAACCUCUGCAUAGCCUCAUAGUCUAGUGUUGGGAAGCAGAAGCUGAUCAAGUCCAUACCCUCGUUAGUCAACGGAGUAGGCUUGGUUUUUCCCUUUGCUGACAGUUGUCUGAACAAGUGUCUUUAUGAAAAGAGACUUCUCUCUGCUCUAAUUACAGUAAUUAGUUUGGAGAGGUCUCUAGUAUGUGUGUUGCAGGAUGGCAGAGCAGAUGCUGCAGAAAUGACUAAAGACUGGAUAGAAAAUGAUAGGAAAAUGACCAGGAAUUUGUCUAAUCAAAUUGUUUGUGUAAAAUAUUGAUGAAUUUUGUGUCAAGGGACCUGCUAAUUUACUAAAGAUCCUCAAAACUGAUGUCAGUCAGAGGGUGUAUCAGUAUCACCAAGGCACUGGGUACUCAGCUAAAGAGGGGAAAACACUCAGCAGGCUUCUCCCCUGAACCAACACCAAAUCAAAUGGGUUUACUGCUUUUUAGAUCACUUGCCCUGUGCACACUGGGGCUGGUAACACAGUGACGUGACCCCUGCAAUGCUGGGCCAUUCUGGCAAAGCAGGCCCUGGUAGAUAAGCACUAUAUGAAUCUCAGGCAGAAACAAGUUUUAUUUUAAUGAAAUUGAGUCAAAUCACUUGUGUUUCCCACUGCCACUUAUGUAAAAGGGAAUGAGGGAAUGGACCUUGCUGUAUCUCUUUACAUGGUUCCUCUGUUCAUACUGGCUAAACUGAAGCACUGUUUGGCUUUUCCAUCUUCAGCCUUACUCUUCAUUAGCUGCCUGAGAAAGAGCACAGCAUGUACUGUUGUUUGUCUUUCUUUUCACAAUGGUUUCUAAGUGUUGUGUCUUUAUAACAGAACAUCAUUUUGGUACAAGAGCUGAAGGAUGGAUGUUUUGAAUCAAUUUUAUCCUGAAGCAAUGAAAUGAAUUGCAGUUGGCUAGUAAAGAGUGGAGCCUGCUCAUGUAAAUCAGUCUGUGGUACAAGGUCAGAACAUACUUCUAGUGAAGGUGGGAAAGCAGGUGGAAAAUCAGGUUCCCCCAAACUCCCUUAGUUCUCUUUGAUGGAGUGAUCACUGACCAUAUGGAGAUAUACCACUGUCUUGUACAGCCUUCCUGUACUUGAAGGUGAAAUUGGUGUUUUAGCGACUGUUCCCUGCUGCAGUGUGUUUGAUUUGAUACCUGAAAACUGUGGCUGUUCAUCAGGGCUUUAAAAGUUUUACUUUUUUAAUAUAUUUUAUGUGGGAGCUUAAGCCAUCAGGUUGUGUAAAACUAAAGCUUUCUUCUCGAAUAUCUGCUCUUAACCAAGUCAGGCGGGUUCAUCGAUCUCAAAGGCUGUAUAUGGGACUCAUUUGUCUAGUAAGUAGCUUCACAUCCUGCCCAUCAGAGUGAUUGGAGCAGACUGCUCAGGUCACAUGGGUGUUUCAAGCUUCAUGACACUUGGCUUAUCAUCAUACUCACGAUCAGUCCCAGAUAGGUUGGUCCUACUGUGUCUGCUCCACGCUGGGGAGCACCUCCCUGCUGAAUGCCUUGGAACCAAGGAUGUUCAGCAUGUCCCUUGGCCAUCGGAACACUCCUCUGGGUAUUCCCCUUCCAGGACGGUUGCAGAAGGUUCAUUUCCCACAGUUCCUGUUUCAGAUGGAUCAGACGUUUCAUGCCAUACCCAACGGUUCCCCAGUUAACUUUACAGGUUUUUUUGAUGGUACCAGUAACAUAGUUUGGUUUUGAAUUACACAGCAUUGCAAUCCAGUGCCAUUUUGCAAUUUCUUUGCCUUGUACUUGAACAGAAGUUGAAUUGCAGACUAUUUAAAUGCGCUUUCCUGCGCUUCAGUAGCAGUGAGAGCUUACCUGACGUGAAGCCUUUCUGUAAAAACUCCUUUUGUAACAACCUCAUAGAUCUUUAACAAACCCCAGAUUUGUAUUAGCUUUGUAUAAAUGUUUGUGGCUUACAAUUUUAUAUGUUUUAACUUUUGAUAAACUUUCCAGGGACUACUUUUUAUUGUAAAUUGGGUUUUUUUGUUGGUUUUCUCCUUGCUUUAGGUUCAGAUUGGCAAUAAGUUAUUUCUAAGGGAGCUCUUAGAAGAGAAAAGCAUCACUUCCUUUUUUUAUAAGACGGUUAAAUUGAAUAGUUUCACACCUCUUCCACUCGCUUGUACAUUGCUCUGUACAUACCCUCCAAGUGUUGCCUUUCAGCUAUUAAUAUUUGCCUUGUGUACAAAAAUUACUGACGAUGAAUAAACAUAUACAGCCUCA